AUGACGCACACUCAACCUCCGCUCAGCCUCCCGUCCUCUCAAAACCAACUUAAGUUAAUUCAAAUUAACCUAGGCAAGGCCAAAGUCGCAACUGACAUUCUUCACCGAGCAGCAACAAAAAUAAAACCGGAUGUUAUAGCUCUUCAAGAACCAUACCAGAGCAAUGGUCAAAUCAAAGGCCUGCCCAACUCCUGGCCAUUGUUCUGCUCCUCCAAUAGGAAAGAUACAAUAGCCCUCGCUAAUCCCACCAUUAAAAUAGCUAUAAUAGGAGUCAAAACAAAUUCAGUAGCCAUCAAAAUUCAAACCUCAUCUCUUCCUACCACAAUAAUAUCAGCGUACUCAUCUCCAGCCUCAUACAUCCAAGAAACCCUUGAAGAGAUUCAAGACCUCAUUGACGCCUUGCCUAGGGAACAAAUCCUAAUAGCCGCAGACCUAAAUGGCCACAACACCCUCUGGGGUUAUGAACAUAAUGACCUCAGAGGAAACCAAAUUCUUGACUUCGCCCUUGCUAACAGUCUUUUUAUCAUCAAUAAGCAAGAUGCCCCACCGACCUUCACCCACUGCGGAACUGAAGGAUGGCCAGAUCUCACCCUCUGCAGCCAAAACCUAAUCCACAUAAUUGCCAAAUGGGAAGUCCUGGAAGAACCGUCCCUCAGUGACCAUAAAUACAUAGAAGCAACAAAUCACCUGAUCUCUACAAUAACAAGAUUUAAAACGAAAUACGGCAACCACAAUAAAAUGCUUAAAUCCCUCCAACCAAAUGUCAGACAAAUCCAACAGACCAUCAACAAUAGUACCACCCACCAGCAACUUAACGAAGCCACAACCCUCCUCCAAGAACAUAUAAUUUCAGCCUGCAAAAAUAGCUACAAACUUAAAACCCAAAAGCACAACCAACAUCCCAACUGGUUCACUCCUAAACUGGAAAUAGAAAAAAAUAGACUAAAGGCACUGAGGAGACGCGCACAAAGAUCGGCAGAAGACCGCCAAGCAAAGUUCCUGCACCUCAAACAGGAAACCGCACAGUACAUGAAGAAAGUCAGAACAGCAAGAAAGGCGGGAUGGAAAGGCUUCUGCUCCCAGGUGACUAACCCAUUUGGCAAACACUACAAAUCAGCAUUCCGGUCCUUAAUAACGCCAGCCCAACUAGUCCUUCUCAAAAAUAAGGAAGCAACAGGAGGUCAACUCAAAAUAGCCAGCGAUAUUCUAAAAGAGAUCUUCCCCCAUCCGACUACUUCUGCAUCUCCAACAGCAAUCUACAGUAUAACACCAGAUACAACAUCAUCAAUGGCCUGCCAAAAGGAAAAGCUCCUGGGCUGGAUGGCAUUGACAACAUUGUCAUCCAGCAAAUAA